UAUUUUAUAAUGUUUUAUUUUUCAUCAUCUCAGCUGCCUCCUAAAUUUUGCUACGUGGCUCUUUUUUUUAUGUAUCGUUUUUAAAAUGUGCUUGGAGUUUUGCGGCCUAUUAAGUACAGCUACAUCUAACAACAAUUACAACAAUUUAUACUAUUUUUUCCCCUCAAUUUAAAAUAUUAUUUUCGAUAUUUUCUCCCAUUUUAUGAUUGGCAAUAAGGACGGCGAGCUAACAAAUCAGUUCAACUUAAGAGCACCACCUCCUCCUCCUCUUCACUCCCUCCCUCGCGGCUUCAUGCCCAUCAAGCGCACACUCUUGUGAGGCGUUUAAUGACCCUGGGGACGUGCGGCGCUCUGCAUCGACAUGAACUUGGAGGGUCUGGAGAUGAUUGCCGUGCUGGUGGUGGUGGUGCUCUUUGUGAAGGUUCUGGAGCAGUUUGGGCUGCUGGAAGACGGGUAUGAUGGUAAGACAAGCAGGGGAAAGUUGAAUUGUGGCUGUGUGAGCUGUCAAGUUUGAUGAAGCUAAUCUUUUUGUUCAUAAAUGAUGUCUCUAUUGAUUUCCUCUGGCUGCUGCUUGUACGUCAUCCAGUGGACAGUGGCUCCAGCCGUCCUGGGCUCUCCCUCCUAUUUAAUGUCUCCCCUCAUUUUAUGUCCUGUAUUACUCGCUGGCCUUUACGCUCACAGUUCAACGUGACUGUCAGUCUGGCGUAAAUCAGGCCUGACUCUUUACAAAGCCUUUUUUUCCCUCCAUUCCUUGUCAUGUUGUCAAGGCCGAGACACAAGCUGGUCAAUGUUAUCAGCUGCUCCAUGCGGGUCCUCUCGGCUUUGUCCGCUUUGUGACGGUUUUUUUCGCCUCACUUUUUAAUUUAUUGGAAACGGGCGGCACUGCUGCACACAGGAGGCUGGCAUGCGUAGUCACGGAUGAAGACACUUGUCCCAGAUAAAGAUCCAGUGCGACAACUUAUUCGAUUUUGGUGCAUAUCUGGAUAAAGGUGCCGCUCCAAUGUGCCACCUUGUGAAAUUUGAUGCAAAUCUGGUUAAGGGGGGCCUACCCAUUUUAGUUUCAGUUCAAAUCUGGUGCAGGUCCCCACGUGACAACUUCAUUUUGGUGGAUAAAGGUGCCACUCCAAUGUGCCAGCUUGUGAAAUUUGAUGCAAAUCGGGUUAAGGGGGGGCCAACCCAUCUUAGUUUCAGUUCAAAUCUGGUGCAGGUCCCCACGUGACAACUUCAUUUUGGUGGAUAAAGGUGUCGCUCCAAUGUGCCACCUUGUGAAAUUUGAUGCAAAUCUGGUUAAAGGGGGGCCAACCCAUUUUAAUUUCGGUUCAAAUCUAGUGCACGUCCCCACGUGACAACUUCAUUUUGGUGGAUAAAGGUGCAGAUCUAGUGUGAUAACCCAUUUAAUCUCGGUGCAAAUCUGGUUAAAGAUGUAGAUCCCAUGUGCCGACUUAAGUUUGGUGGAAAUCUGGCUAAAAAUGCAAAUCCAGUGUCAGAACAUAUGAAAGUCUGGUGCAAAUCAGGAUAAAGGUGCAGCUCCUAUGUGCCAACUGAUGAGAUGUUGGUAUCAAUCGGCAUGAAAGAGCGCUUCUACUUCUUCUGCCACUGCUAUGAACUUGCAUUAGACAACCGCGCCUCAAGAUGAUGUGCAACAAUAAAUGCAUUAUGGAUGGGAAAUUGCCAUAAGGUUAACUAGCGCUACGCGCUUGAUUGCCCCCGUUUUGCACCUCGUAAUUACACUAACCCUCCCCCCUUUCAGCGCUGCAGGUGUCACCUAAUUGUAUCACCGUCCUCAUCUUCUGAUGAUGAUAAACAAUCUUUUCAUCGCCUGUCCACAACUUUGAUUGAUGACUCUUCUGUUUUUACACAGCAACCAUAUUAAUUAAGCCCACCGUAAUGAAAAUGUAGAUUGUUUCUAAAACCAGCGCAGAGCUCCUGUCGCUUUGAGGAUUUUUGACUCAUGUUUUUGCAUUAAAAAAAAAAAACAGACAGUGCUCCCAUCAUAUCAAGGAUCUUUGAAUGCCAUUUUUGAAGCGCAGUCGUCCCUCGUUUAUCGCGGUUAAUUGGGUCCAGACCCGACCACGGCAUGCGGGAAGUAGGAUUCAUUAUUAAUAAAAUGAAUAUUUUCAUAAUUAGAGCAAAGAAAACCUGUUUGACUUUCUAGAUACAGUUUUUUUUAACCAUUAUUAGACACAAAAUAACACCCCUAUAGUCACCUUUACACCCCUAUUAUACUUAUUUUUUUUUAUGCCACAUUGCACAGGCUACAGGAUCACUGCAGGGACAUAAAAGACGGCUGCCGCUAGCAUAGCAAGCUACCAAGCUAACUAGUUAGCCUCCAGUUAAUUUAUCCUAAAUAUAAAGUCCACUCUAUCAUGUCAGACAUGCCAUGGCUGACUCCAUGCAGUCUGAAGGUCAUGUAAUACAACGUCAUGUCUCAUCAAUGUAAAAGUACUGAUGCCUAGUGACCACAAUACUACAUAGAACUUAUCUUUCAAUAUUUUUGGACUAAUAAUGGGCAAUGAUAGGCAUAAUAAUAACUCCCAAAACAGCUACCUUCUAUGAAUUCAUUAAUGUUUCAUAAAUCGUGGGACGACUGUAGGUCCGAAGGCUGCCCACCCCUGCAUAGAUGCAUACAGCCACUAGAUGGCGAUAUGCUCAUCUUGUUCCUCUCUCUCUCUCCUCCGUCCCUCUCUCUCUCCGUCUCACAUUUCCUCCCCUUGCUCCCUAAAGAGCAAGAAGAGAAGUGUGAGAGAGGACUUUGCUUCCGCUGCAUCCUCAUUGUUGUCAUUCAGCACGGUGUGGACGUAGUCCACGUUGAUGCCAUGUGACCCGAUAGACCGUUCAUGACCUUACAACACUUAAGGUCAGGGCACCUCAGCCUAGAUUUAGGCAGCGGCAGGAGGUCAGGAGGCAGGUGCCAAGGGGCGACCGGCUUGUGUGCCCGGCCCGGCUUAGCACUGGAGUGGGCACAGGGCAACUGGAGCGCUGGCGAGGAUGAAGGGGGCGGCUCUGGCUCUGACUUGGGGUCCGGGUACGGGGGCGGCGAGUGGGUCGAGGGCGGUGCAAUGCUGAGUGCCAUCUGGGAGACGGAGGGUCUGCAGACGGUGGGCAUCGUGGUGCUGGUAUUCGCCUCCAUCAAGCUGCUGCACUUUCUGGGCCUCAUCAACUUCUCAGAGGACAGCGUUGAAGAUGAGCUGGAGCUCUCCGCUGUCCGACACCGCCCCGAGGGACUGGGACAGCUGGAGGCGCAGACACGAUUCUCCCGCAAGGAGCUACAGAUCCUCUACCGCGGCUUUAAGAGCGAAUGCCCGAGCGGAGUGGUCAAUGAAGACACCUUCAAAGACAUUUACUCCCAGUUCUUCCCACAAGGAGACGCGUCGACGUACGCUCAUUUCCUGUUCAACGCCUUUGACACGGAUCACAACGGCUCUGUGAGUUUUGAGGAUUUUGUCAUGGGUCUUUCCAUCCUCCUGCGAGGCAGCAUUCAAGAGAAACUCAACUGGGCGUUCAACCUCUACGACAUCAACAAAGACGGUUAUAUCACCAAGGAGGAGAUGCUGGACAUCAUGAAGGCCAUCUAUGACAUGAUGGGCAAGUGUACGUACCCCGUACUCAAAGAGGAGACCCCACGCCAGCACGUAGAAAUAUUCUUUCAGAAGAUGGAUAAGAAUAAAGACGGAGUGGUCACUAUGGACGAGUUCAUCGACUGCUGCCAAAAUGAUGAAAACAUCAUGCGAUCAAUGCAUCUCUUUGAAAACGUCCUUUAAAUCUUUGUUACCCAGGAAAGCUUUUGGGGGAGUUGACAGACUUUUGGGACUGGUGUACAGCGUGCUAUGCAGAUUUAUGCGUUUAUGACAUAAAAUAACUUGUUGUUCCUUACUGUGGGCCACCAGUAAGAGGAGCUGUGGUGACACUCUGGAAGCAUCAGUUGGUUUUACUUACUUCCUGCCAGGUGACACCAGGUGACUUUUUGGAAAAAAAAACACCAUUCCAUACAAUGGAGAAUAUUCCCGAGUGUCCCCACUUCUUUUAGAGGACAAAUGUAUAUAUUUAGUGUAGGUACAUGAAUGAUGAAAAGAAUCAUGUGUCCCCGCCAGGUAGAAGGCAGCAAAUGACGUCCACACAAGCACACAAGUAGCUUAUAUUGAAUUUAUGUAGAAUAUUAGACACCACCAAUGCUUUUUAAGUGUAUUUUCUUUAUCAUACGUUCAUCUUUCUAUCGGAUAAUUAAGUUAUUUAUAUGGUGUUAUGCUCAUUGUAAAAAAAACAGGUCAUCCAUGCAGUAUUAAAGGAACAUUUGUGGGUUUGUGGGAGUUUUAAAAGCUGCUCUACAAGUAUGUGAACUUUCAUUUUAUUUAUUUUUCGAAAAACUAUUCUCUCUGACACUUUGUAUGUUGUAUUUAUUAUCAUUUUACUUAUGUGCUCAUCAUCACUUUUGAAAUGAGACUGGAUGCCGCAUAUUUCUACAUUUAUGAAAAUAUAACACAACAUAAAAAUAAACGAUAAACAUCAUUCUUGUUUACUGUAUUUUUUCAUCAUUUUUAUUUCAAUGUACAGUAGAUGCCCGCCUAUUCAUGGGUCGGCAUCCGUGCCGCUGCGUGUUCAUUUCUUUUGUACUCAGAGCACAUGAAAGACAUAAAACACAGUGAGAAAAUACUAUUAGAAAGAAACUGCAAUAAAAAUGGAUAUAAUGUAAUAAAAGCUUAAAGCACUAGCAACCUUUCCAUAUCAAUAGUAAGACCACUACACUGCUUGGUUAUUACUGUUGCUGAAGCAACACCAGUUAUGUGUUUUGUAGAGUUAAGAGUUUACUGAUUUCUGACCGUCUUUGAACAUUACAUGUGUCCUGAUUUUGUUUGUGUGUGUGGCUCCGUGCAGAGAGGACCGCUAAGUUUGCUGAUGUUGUUUUGGUGCGGUGGAGAUAGUUGAUGGACCAUUUCUUCGUUAUCUUUCCAACUUCCAGUUAGAUAUUUUAUCCUAAAUGAUGGUGGCAACAGUCAAGCCACUGAGACAAGUGCGGCCAAUAUUGAGUACAUUGUGUAUUCUUCCACGGCAUACCACACUAACUAGUUUAGUUUAGUUUAGUAACUAGUUUUCGAGUGAUUCCUGUGUUUACAGACAAUAAAUUAGCGUAAAUUCCUGACUAUAAGCCACUACUUUUUUUGCCACACGCUUUGAACCCUGUGGCUUAAACAAUGAUGUGGCUAAUUUAUGGCUAAAAGAGCUACAGUUCCCGUGGUGCUUAAGAGUGCAGCUUUAGUAAGUUUGGAAUUGCAGUAGUGGACAAAAAUAUCAUGUUCUUGAAGUCUUAUGCAACAACCGUGUUUUAUCUGACAAAUCUUAAGUAAGUUUGAUCAAGCGUAGGAUAAGUACAGCUCUGCUUGGACUGCGGCAGAAGCAUCUCACUGCUCAUCAUUAGGGUUAACAAGUGAUGAGGGGACCACCGAGUGUAGGUAGGAUUGCAAGAUUUAUAGUUUCUUUCUGUGUAAAUAUCCCACGUUACAUGUGCGUCUUAUUUAUGUACAAAAACAAAAUUCUCUAAAUUUGGUGGGUGUGACUUAUAUUCAGGUGUGCUCAAUAGUCCAGAAAUUAUGGUAAGCUUUUAAUUAAUUUAUAGGCUUUUCUUGGGUGUGUAUUUCACUUGCUGUUUUUUGUCAUGUAGGUCUCGGAAUGGAACACACUGCUGUACUGUACUGCAGUCUUAUUUUUUUAGUACCCUGGUGCCUUUUAGUGGCUCUAAGGCAAAGGUGCACCACUCCUUCUCAAGUAUGUACAGUGGAUCCCCACAUAUUCAUGAUUCAUCAUUCACGACCCAGCAGAUUUGCAGAUUUUUGGUAGAAAAAUUUGUUUUUGUUUCUCCUAAAAUAGGCAUUUUUUUCUGCUGAAAACACAUCUCAUUCUCCCCAAGUCAGGAAUAAUUUAUAAAUACAGGACAAUAAAGCCAACAUACAGUAGCUGUACGACAUGACGUCAGUGCCUAAUCUAAUAAUUGCAGUCAAUUUUAUUGCAACUGAAGUCAAACUCGCAGGAGGGUUUGGACGGGGUGCAGCGAGCUGGCAUAGCGAUGCAGCAGCAUAAUCCAGGCUUUACUCUUGUUAAAAAUAGA